AGACACAUCCAGAGGAUUUAGCUUUAGACUCAGACUACACAGGACGAGUGAACACUGAGAGCACAAACUCCAGCUCAACUCUUACAAUCAAAGAACUGAGAGAGAGAGACUCAGGAGAAUAUCACCUCAUGAUCAUCACAGAACAAGGAGAGAAACAUCUCAGCUCAACUGCAGUCAGUCUAACAGUUACAGACCUGCAGGUGAAGAGAAACAGACCAAACAGUCUGACCUGCAGCACUUCCUGCUCUCUGACCUUUGCCCGUCAGCGUUACUUCUGGUACAAGAAUGGACAAUUUACUGGAAAAAACACAGACUACAGUGAUCCUUUUGUUUUAUCUAGCGGUGAUGAAGGCAGUUACUCCUGCUCUGUUUAUGGCUAUAACAGCAUAUUUUCCUCUCCACUGUGCAUUUCUGGUAAGAGCUGUUGGAGUGUGACCUACAAAGACAGAAGAGUGUGUGUAUUAGAGGGUUCAUCAGUGGACUUUCCCUGCACUUAUUCAUAUCCCAGUGAUAUUAAAGUCAGUGAUGCAUUCUGGCAUUACUCCUGGUCUAAGGAGGAGCCAAAGGACCUGCGUAAGGAAAAACAGUUUGCUGGUCGAGUGGCAUACAUUUGGGAUAAAGAGAAAAACUGCACUCUGAGAAUGAGCGAUGUGAGAAAAAGAGACAAUGGAGAAUAUCACUUUCAAAUCAUCACUUAUAGUCAAAAAGGGCAAUUCUCUGGUAAACCUGGAGUCAUUCUGAGUGUUACAGAUCUGCAGGUACGAGUAAUUUUCAGCACAGAAUCACAUGGACAGACAGUAAUACUGAUGUGUAGCAGCACCUGCACUCUGCCUAACAACCCCACUUACAUCUGGUACAAGAACGGACAGCCUGUAUCUAACAAACUCACCAGAGACAAUAAGCUGUACCUGAAGUGCAGUGAAAAUGCAGGAAACUACUCCUGUGCAGUGGGAGGACAUGAGAAGCUCCGCUCUCCUGAUCAAACACUCAGUGACUGUGAGUCCUGUAAAACACAUCUCAUUAAUGAUCCUUAA